AACUCUUGUAUUUAAUAGCUAACUCUGCAGCUAACUUCUCUGUCCCAUUGCAGCCAUUUCAUAGCGAACUCUUUGUUAUAUUUAACUUGCUCUUCGCUGCUUCUUGCUCAUAACGAUAACAAGAAAGCCUUACGUUCAGAUAGAUAAUCAUUGACCAGUUCAUCCUAUACCAUUCAAUUUAAUUUAGAAAUGCUGAAAGAAAAACGCAAGCAAUCCAAAGAUGAAGACAAUGCUUCAUCCUCGCGAAAGAGAAGAAAGGCUGAACUCGGGAACUACCAAGACAGAGCCAGAGUCUUCUCGAUCUAGACCAGAAGGGGCCUAUGAUGUCUUCUUGAGUUUUAGAGGAGACACUCGCAAGACAUUUACAGAUCAUCUAUAUACCGCCUUGGUCCAAGCAGGAAUCCACACUUUUCGAGAUGAUGGUGAACUUCCAAGAGGAGAAGAAAUCUCGCAUCAUCUCCUCAGGGCAAUUCGAGAAUCAAAGAUAUCCAUAGUUGUCUUCUCAAAAGGAUAUGGUUCUUCUAGAUGGUGUCUCAAUGAACUUGUAGAGAUUCUUAAGUGCAAAAAUAGGAAAACCGGUCAGAUUGUUCUUCCUAUAUUCUAUGACAUUGAUCCUUCAGAUGUGAGAAAACAGACUGCCAGUUUUGCAGAAGCAUUUGUUAAACAUGAAGAGCAUUUUGAAGAGAAGUUGGUGAAGGAGUGGAGAAAAGCUCUUGAGGAGGCUGGAAAUGUAUCUGGAUGGAAUCUCAAUGAUAUGGCAAAUGGGCAUGAAGCAAAAUUUAUCAAAGAGAUUAUCAAGGAUGUGUUGAAUAAAUUAGAACCCAAUUACUUAUAUGUUCCUGAGCACCUAGUAGGUAUGGACCGGCUUUCUCGCAAAAUUUUUGACUUUCUAAGUACUGCAACAGAUGAUGUACGCAUUGUGGGCAUACAUGGGAUGCCAGGAAUAGGAAAGACGACUACAGCACAAGUUGUAUUUAAUCAACUAUGCUAUGAAUUCGAGGGAAGCAGUUUUCUUUCGGAUGUCAAUGAAAGGUCCAAACAAGUUAAUGGUCUUGUUCCUUUACAAAAGCAACUUCUUCAUGAUAUUUUAAAUCAAUAUGUUGCAAACUUCGAUUAUGCUGAUAGAGGAAAGGUUCUGAUCAAAGAGCGACUUCGUCGCAAAAGAGUUCUCGUGGUUGCUGAUGAUGUAGCUCAUCUGGACCAGCUAAAUGCAUUGAUGGGAGAUCGAAGUUGGUUUGGUCCCAGAAGUAGACUAAUUAUUACAACAAGAUAUUCAAGUUUACUUCGUGAAGCAGAUCAAACAUAUCAGAUUGAAGAAUUGGAACCAGAUGAGGCCCUUCAGCUUUUCAGCUGGCAUGCUUUCAAGGACACCAAGCCAGCAGAAGAUUAUAUUGAGCUUUCGAAGAAAGCCGUUGAUUUCUGUGGAGGACUUCCUUUAGCUCUUAAGGUUAUAGGAGCUCUUCUGUACAGGGAAAACAAAGAUAGAUGGGAAAGUAAAAUUGACAACAUGAGCAGAAUUCCAAACCACGAUAUUCAAGGAAAGCUUCUAAUAAGUUAUCACGCACUUGAUGGUGAACUACAAAGAGCAUUCCUUGAUAUUGCAUGCUUCUUUAUUGGUAUAGAGAAAGAAUACGUCGCAAAAGUGCUAGGAGCCCGUUGCUGUUACAAUCCAGAAGUUGUUUUGGAAACUCUCCGUGAAAGGUCUCUGAUUCAAUUUCAUGUGUGUAUAAUUAAAGAUGAAAGGCAGUUAUGUGGAAGGACGGUAACCAUGCAUGAUCUAUUACGGGACAUGGGAAGGGAAGUCGUCCGUGAAUCGUCUCCCUUGCUUCUCGGAAAAAGGACCAGAAUUUGGAAUAAAGACGAUGCAUGGAAUGUACUUGACCACCAGAAGGGUACGGAUGUUGUAGAGGGUCUUGCACUGGAUGUCAGAGCAUCAGAAAUUAAAUCACUUAGCACAGGAUCAUUUGCAGAAAUGAAAUUCUUAAAUUUACUCCAAAUCAAUGGAGUACAUCUCACCGGAUCCUUCGAACUGCUUUCUAAAGAGUUGAUGUGGAUUUGUUGGCAUGGAUGUCCUUUGAAAUAUUUUCCAUCUGAUUUUACCUUGGACAAUCUAGCUGUUCUUGAUAUGCAGUAUAGUAACCUCAAAGAACUAUGGAAGGGAAAAAAGAUUCUCGACAAGCUAAAAAUCCUUGAUCUCAGUCAUUCUCAGUACCUUAUUAAAACACCAGACUUGCACAGUUCAAGUCUGGAGAAACUAAUUCUGGAAGGUUGCUCGAGUUUAGUUGAGGUGCAUCAAUCAAUUGAAAAUUUGACGAGCCUCGUUUUCUUGAAUCUGAAGGGAUGUUGGAGGCUGAAGAAUCUCCCUGAUGGCAUUGGCAAUCUAAAGUCUCAAAGCAUUGGCAAUCUAAAGUCUCUUGAAACUCUGAAUAUUUCUGGGUGUUCACAACUUGAGAAAUUGCCAGAACGCAUGGGUGAUACGGAAUCCUUAACCGACCUGCUAGCUGAUGGGAUUGACAAUGAGCAAUUUCUCUCUUCAAUUGGACAAUUAAAGCAUGUCAGAAGGUUAUCAUUGCGUGGAUACAGUUCGGCUCCGCCAAGUUCUUCUUUGAUUUCAGCAGGUGUUUCGAAUUUGAAACGUUGGCUGCCAACUUCUUUCAUUGAAUGGAUAUCAGUGAAACGUCUUGAGCUUUCUAAUGGUGGUUUGUCUGAUCGCGCAGCUAAGUGUGUUGAUUUCAGUGUUUUGUCUGCUCUAGAAGUAUUGGAUCUAUCAGGAAACAAAUUCUCUAGCCUGCCUUUAGAAGUGAAAUGGCAAUGGAAGAUUACUGUGGAGAUGACGACUUGGAACUAUACAUUUCUUAUGACGAAUUGCACAUCAUUAAAGAAUGUGGGGUCCAUGUGA